CGAUGACCAUGGAAGAAGCCCUUGUAGAGCUAGAUGCUCUUAACUCCAGCGAAGAAGUCGCGCGCAGAGGCAGGUUUAGCACGUUGCAAUCUUCAACUAGAACAGGAGACAGAGCUUAUGAAGUACAUAGAGGGCCUAACAGAGCGAAAGCUACCUCCUACAAGAAAGAUAGUGCAGAAUUACACAUCUAGUAACGUAGAUUAUCACCAAGCCGGCCAUAUCACCAAACCAGCCAUUUUCUCUUAGCACAACUAACACAAGUUACUACAACUAUAACUAACGUAGAUUAUCACCGAGCCGGCCAUAUCACCAAACCAGCUAUUUUCUCUUAGCACGACUAACACAAGUUACUAUAACUACAACUACUUACUAUUAAAUAGUAACCUAGCAUACUGC